AUGAUGUACAUUUUCUUCUUAAUAUAUUUAUCAUUUAACUUUUUUCUGGUGGAAUCUCAUGGCCUCAUUUGCAGGCACAAAUAUGACAAAUCCGAAUACAAGAACCAUUUGUCUGAAUUUUUGCAAUCAUUUAACGAUAUUUACUACAAAACAAAAGAUAAACCGCAGCUUGAUUCCCUGGUUAGACUUUUUUUAAAAAGUAACUUGGAGAAUCCUGAAGAUUCCAACCCCGUUAACUUCACAGAAGACUCACAUAAUGAUAUUUCGUUUUCGAAAUCCGAGUUCGGAAGCGGGAAGCCUCACGAUAGCACGAUUGCGGAAUGCACAAUCUCCGAAGAUGGUAGCCACGCCAGCGUCAGCCAAAAGUUUUAUAUGCCGCUUAAGGACGCUGAAACUUUCGCCAAAAACUUCGAAAGGAACCUCAACAGACUCAAGACUGGGGGUCGCCCCUUCAAGGUGUUGAACUUGAGCAGUGAAUCUGAGUCUGAUGACUACAGCAACCUCCAGAACCUGAAGAUAAAGUGCACCCCGGUCUCAGGCACCGAGGUCAAGGAGAGCUGCAAGGCCUGCUUCUACUUCGAGGAAAUAGUCCACAAAAGGCACUUCAGGUUCGGACACAUAGUGGACUGUGCCGUUCUUGAGUGCAUGAACGGGUACGACAAGAAGCUGGACAACACAUCGAACGGGUACUACUUCAACGACUUCGGCAAAUUCCAUCCCAUAUGUAUGACAUAG